AUGCCGAGCAACUACCAGACCGACCGGGAGCGCGAGCUGGCCCGCAACGUGCCGGCCGCGCCGCCCGCCCGCGUGCCGCCCCCUCCGCCGCCGCCGCCGCCACCGCCGCCGCCAGAGCCCGUCAUCGAAAACGAGCUGCGCAUGUCGCGGCGCGGCAUCUUUGGCAUCAUGCUGGGCGGCACCGCAGCCUACUGGUUUGCUGUCAGGGGGGGCAUGCCGCUGGCGGCGGUGGACCGGGGGCGCAAUGUGGCGCUGCUCAAGACCAAGGGAGGCAACCUGGUGGCGGCCACGCAGGACGACGCGGGGCGCGUGUUCAUGUUUGACCGCGCCGGCAACAUAUAUUACGACACAGAGGACCCGCGGCUGGGGGUGUACGUGGUGGACGCCCAGGGCGAGAUGAUCAACGAGUUUGUGGAUGCAGAGGGCAGGGUCAUCAAGGUGCCGGUGGGCAACAUCGCCGACCUGCGCACGGUGACUGUGGAGGAGAUUGGCGGGGUGCCGGUGCGUGAGCUGCAGCGCAGCAUCCGCGACCUGCGGGGCGGCCGCCUCACCGGCUUUGUGCAGCCCGCGGACCCGGGAAGCGCGGCGGACCUCAUGCCGCCCAACGCGCCCUCCGUGCCCAACUGGGAGGGCAACCGGGUGGGGCCGCCGCCGUUCCUGGAGGACUUGGAAGUGGAGCUGCAGCCGAAGAGCGGGGGCGGCUUGUUUGGCGGCAGCGCGCCGGAUGCGCGGGACGACCCUGUGGGCACGCUGCGCAGCCUGCGGCGAGGCGACAAGUGA